AUUGAUAGUGAUGAAACAAACAUUGAUAGUGACAAUGUACAUAGUGUUUUCGUUUGUAAGAUCAUCACCCAAGUUUAAUUAUUAUUAUCCGUGGCUGUGUGACAGUGAUUCAAGUUGGAAACAUUGAAAAAAUUCCUUUACAGGCCUUGAAGAAUAUAAGAAAUGAAGGAACUAUCGAUUACUCCAUUCAGACUUGCGUAGUAACUAGGUUAAAACCGCAUCAAGUUUCUCUAGUCACGAUGAAAAUGUUAAACAAAAUCCAAAUGCUGUGAAGCGCAAAAAACUGUGGGAAAGUGUUAUAAAAAUGUUAGAAAUGUUGUUUAUUUACGAGUAUCGUUACAAGUGAUAAUUAUUGUUAAAUAAAAUGGGAAAUUUACAAACUGGUGACACAAAAUCCUCGAAAGGUAAAAUAAAAUCGAAAGUGAAAUUGGGAGCAAAGAAAAGAGGUAAAGUAGAAGAUGAUUUUAUUUCGAUAGUACAAGAAGAUACUAUCCCAGACAAUAUAAUAUCGGUACCUCAGAAAGAAAUAUUGAUAAACGACCUCGAAUCUGCCAAUAAUAGACUAAUCGACGACACUGGUCAAAAUUCAUAUUCUAACAAAAAAGUUAACGAUGUUUUCGAUCAAAUUAAAUCUACCACACCUCAGUCUAGUUCGGAAUCGUAUUUCACAGAUCCUCAAACGCCUGUAGGUGUUACUAUCGAUAAACCUACGAAAUUAAACAUAGAUUUAUCCAACGGGAACGAAACUUUUUUGCACAAUUUAACUUUGAAUAGUUUCAAGUUAAACGAGUACAGGGCUAGACAUGAAGAAGAAAAAACGAAAAAAUUGAAUAAAUUAGGUGUUUCGAAGACUAGUCAAAUUAGUUUAGAUAGUGAACUCAAUGAGUGUUUCGUAUCUGACAAUGUCGAAAUUGUCAGUCAAAUUCACGAAGAUAGCGGAUUCGCGGAUUAUUCUUUGGAAAAGGAAGAUAAUUCGAAAAAUAAAUCAAGAUCGACUGAUGAACAGAAUGAUGUUAAGCAAGUAGAUAAAAAAAUGUCUGACGGCCGUUCAAAUAAUGAUUAUAAGAGACAUACCUCAGUUCCUUUGGACAUGCCAGUAUUUGAAGACCACGUCAAAUUGAACAAAGCAUCGUCUUUCACAUUGAGUAGGAUAGAUCUAGAAGCCAAAAUUACCAAGCCAAAAUUUGUUCCGGAAAAGCUAGAUUUUCAGUUAUAUGAAAAAUUUGAAGGUCACAUGCUAGUCAAUUGGUGCUUAUCAGAAGUCAACGAAAAAAACGACGUUAAUAGAGAAAUAAGCUGCCAAGAUUUGAAGGUAUUAGUGAUACAAUUUUGUACGCAUCUAUUAGCGGCAGGAGUUUUGAAACAGUUACCAGACAAAGACGUUCCCAUGUACAACAUUUUUAAGCCUGAUUGUAUAUAUUUUUGGACGCACACAGAAGCACCGGCAGCUGUUCCUCAAACUCCCGGCAGACUUAGUAUGAUAUCGUGGCCUCCUAUGUCGCCACUAGAAACUUUUGCUUCUCCUUGCGAUAACGAUCAAUUGAGUACCCCUUCUCCACCUACCGAAGACAUUCUUAGGCCUCCGCAAGAGCUGAAAAAUUCCGCUAGGGAUGUAGAAAUAUUAUCCCUCGAGGAAGAGAUAAAACGACUCACGCAGGAAAUCGAAAAAUAUAAGACUUUAAUAGAAAUACAAACGCUAACAAAGAAUGCCGUGAUAGAUUUCGGAUCUCCAUUGGAUUCGCCGAGUAUCGAAGAAAAAUAUCCAGACAAAUUUCCACCUACCGUAAAUGUUUCGACACAAACCGAAAUCGAUUGUAAAUCAACUUCAAUUUCUACACAAACCUCAAGUAUAGCAACGUGUACUUGCCAUUCUGAAUCAAUUGAUCAUUUGAAAGAUGAAUCUGAUGUAUUUAGUACUGAGCAAUCUCAGAAAUACGUUACACCGCCACCACUUCCUCCACCCCUCCCUCCUCCAGUUACCACUGAGUUGACAGUACCUGUACCACCACCUCCUCCUCCUCCUCCUCCUCCUCCUCCUCCUAUGCCCAAUACAACCUCAUCAGUACCUCCUCCUCCACCUAUGCCUGGUAUGCAAUUAUCGAAUGGACCUCCUCCGCCACCUCCUCUACCUACUCCUGGAAUGCCACCACCACCACCGCCACCACCUAUGCCUGGAAUUUCUGCUGCUGCUCCUCCUCCUCCUCCUCCUCCGAUGAGUAUUGGAACACCAGCCCCAUUACCUCCACCACCUGCAGGGGGAUGGAAUUCGCAAAAAUCAGAGAUCCCCACCGCUCCGAUAGGCUUAGUCUUAAGGAAACCUGCAGUAACACCAAAAGUACCAAUGAAACCUCUAUAUUGGACGAGGAUUAUAGCACCAGCUGAUGAAUGCGAUGGACAAGAACAUCGACCGAAUGCCCUAUGGAAAGAAAUCAACGAAAUCCCCAUAAACGAGAUUCCGGAAUUCACUGAUUUAUUUUCUAGACAAGUGAUAACGAAAAAACCGACAAUUAAAAAAGAAGAUAACAAACCUAAAGCGGCGGCAGUUAAAUUAUUGGAUAGUAAGAGAUCCCAGAACGUUGGAAUUUUAGCACAAAGUCUUAAAGCAGAUGUUCAGGAAAUAGAGAAUGCUAUUUAUAAUUUUGAUACUUCUAUUAUUGGAUUAGAAGCUCUUCAGCAAAUAUAUGAAGUGAGGGCGAAUGCGGAGGAGCUGGAAAUGAUAAAAUCACAUUUGGAGUCAUCGCCUAAAAUUCCUCUGGAUAAACCUGAACAAUUUCUAUAUGAAUUAUCGCAAAUAUCAAAUUUUGCCGAACGAAUAUCCUGCCUUAUGUUCCAAAUCGAAUUCGAUGAUUCUAUUAACACAAUCAGUCAUACUUUGACCAAUAUCAAAACAACCUGUGAUUUUCUAAUCAACAACCAAGACCUAAAAGAAGUAAUGGCAAUAAUAUUAACCCUAGGAAAUUAUAUGAACGGUGGAAAUAUGUCACGAGGUCAAGCAGACGGUUUUGGUUUGGAAAUUUUGUCGAAGCUAAAAGAUGUAAAAUCUAAUGAUUCCAAAAUAACUUUAUUACAUUAUAUAGUAACUGUUUAUAUGAAAAAAAUUGAGAAUCCUUUUGAAUCAGUACUUCCUCUACCAGUACCUGAACCCGGAGAUAUCCGAAGAGCUGCUUCGGUUAAUUUUGACGAAGUCAGAGCUGAUUUACGCAAAUUACAAAAGCAACUGGAAUUGUGCGAGCAAAAAUCUCAAAGGAUAAUAGAAACUUCGACACCAGAAAAUGUCCAGCCGUUCAAAGACAAAAUAACAGUAUUUCUAGAAUAUUCUAAAAAACAGCUGACAGCCGAAUGGGAAAAUUUAGAAGAGUGCCAUACGCAAUUUAUAGCCGUUAUGAAAUUUUAUUUAUUCAAACCGAAAACCGGAAGUUUGGAAACGUUUUCACCUAAUCUGUUCUUCGAACUGUGGUUGCCUUUCUGUGAUGAUUUCAAAAAUAUUUUUAAGAAGGAGCUGAUGAGGCUAGAAAAAGAAAAAAUUCAAGAAAUAAGAAGAAAAGAACAAGAAAGAUUAUCGGAAAUUAGAAAAAUUAAAGAGAGAGAAAACGGACUGAAAGCCAAGAUAAAAAGAGUGAAACAAAAGCUUCAAAACAAUACGUGAUUUGUUUUAUGUUAUAUAUUUUUUUAUUUAUUUAUUUCGAAUAUUUUACUUGUAUGCAUUGUUACAAUGUUCCAGAAGUUUACAUAUAAGAAAAAUAGAUUUUAUUUUUUUA